UCAACGACAACCGGUGGACUUCCUCUUCCGGGGUGAGAGGUCACCGUCCCGGCUGAAGAUGGCUGCGCCCGACGAGUUGUUUUGCUGGGAAGGAGAUUGGGGAUUACCGUCCGUUAACACCGACAGCCUGGUGGUUCUGGCAUACGCUCAGUUUGCAGGAGCUCCUCUGAAGGUGAGGAAGAUCUCCAACCCCUGGAGGAGUCCCAGCGGGUCACUUCCUGCUCUGAGGACCAAUCAGAAAGAGACGCUGUCCCGACCCUCUGAAAUCAUCAUCCACCUCAGAAAACAGAAAUACAAUGCCGACUACGAUCUGUCAGCCAAGGAGGGCGCAGACAGUCUGGCCUUCAUCUCUUUGAUGGAGGAGACACUCAAACCUGCUCUGAUCUACGCCUUCUGGAUCGAGCCGAAGAACUACGUGGACGUGACUCGCCGCUGGUACGCGGAGCACAUGCCGUUUCCUCUGAACUUCUUCCUGCCGGGACGAAUGCAGCGCGGCCAGCUGGAGAAACUGCGGCUGCUGCGGGGAAACGAGAGCCUGGAGGCCGGAGAGGAGCUGGAGAAGGAGUUGUACCGUGAUGCUGCAGAGUGCAUGAACCUGCUCUCCCAGCGCCUCGGCUCACACAAGUUCUUCUUCGGAGACUCGCCUUCAUCUCUGGACGCCUAUGUCUUCGGUCACCUAGCGCCCAUCCUCAAGUCCAAGCUGCCCAACGGGAAACUGCAGCAGCAUCUGAGAUCUCUGGACAACCUGAGCAACUUCUGCACCAACAUCCUGCUGCUCUACUUCCCCAGAGACGGCCGAGAAAGCUCCAGUCAGAAGACGUCCUCUCAGCCUGAAGGCGGAGACUUUGAUCACGUCCCCAACAAGCGGAGGAAGCAGUUCAUGUCGGCGCUGGUGGCUCUGGGCGCUAUGCUGAGCUACGCCCUCUUGACCGGCAUGGUGUCCAUCCAGCACAUCCAGCAGGGGGCGCUGGAGGCGCCGCCGGACCUGCAGACCAUGGGAUCCCAUGAGGAGGAAGAGGGAGACGGCUGAAGAGACGUAGGUCGAAGCUGCGGCAUCGUGGGACUUCAUUGACGGAAGUUAGCGUUAAAGAGGAGGAUGAAACCCACCGAAUGAAAAAGAUGAAAAGUAAUCAGGAAGCAGAUGUUGGUGCUGGUUUGUGUACAGAAAUUAAUUAAAAGAUAAUUCUCUGGAUUUUCUUUAUGUGAAGAUUAUUGAUAACUUUUGUUGAUUUUUUUAAACUGAAGAAACGUGGAUCAGCUUUUUCCUUCAAAAUAAAUCCAUUUUAAUUUG